AUGUACCAUUGCAAUUUUCAGUACCGAUUGGAAAUUUCGCAGUCGCAAAAAUAUUCAUUUCUUUGUGCUAGUAUCUUGUGGAUGGAGGUUGCAAAAAACGACCGCGUCCGAAGUAAAGAUGGUUUUUUAGCAACCGUCAAGUACGUAGGAUACCUAACCGAUAUAUGGGGUGAAGAAUUGGUUGUGGGGGUGGAAUGGGAUAAACCAGAAAGAGGAAAAAAUAGUGGAGAUAUCAAGGGCAAGCAUUACUUUCAAACUGAAAUUGCUGGUGCUGGAUCGUUUCUAAAGCUAAAUUCAGGCAAACUAGAGUAUGAGCGACUAACAUUUGCUCAAGCUCUAUUGAAAAGGUAUGGAAAGCAAGUGAUUAAAAAUGAAACAAUUACGUUCGGAACAAAAACAGCGGAGAAUUAUGGGUUUGACAAACUAGGUGAUUAUCAAGCCCAUUUUGAAACCCUCUUGUCGGUCUCUUUGGAUGCAAGUAACGUGGCAAUUCCAUUGCUUGAGGGAGAGAAAAUUGUUGUUUCAAGGCUUAAAAAUCUCAAGUACUUGGAUAUAAGUUUUUCGCUCGUCAAUCUGUUGAAAUUAGUUUGGGAAGUAAUUGACUGCAUUCCAACGCUUGAGGAGCUCAGCAUAGGCGGUAAUAGGUUUUUUGACGUCGAAGAUGUAUGUUUUUGUGGUGGUUCACCCCAUGAACUGUUGAAGAUUCUUCGACUCCCAGCAUCCAAUUUUCCGUUCAAGAUUCUACCUUUGAUAUUAAAGAAGUUCCCCAAUAUCGAAGAAGUUUCACUUGCAGGCAAUGGCUAUCAAGACUCGGACUUGAAGAGUUUGAACAUCUCGACUUUGAACCGACUUGAUUUGUCAUUUAACAAGUUAACCACCUUUCCUUCUUCCUGCUCCAACAUUCCCUCCAUAAACUUGGAAGGAAACUUGAUAUCUUCUUAUAAACUAGGAGAUAUCUCGUCAAAGUCCAUCGAUUUAAGAGGCAACAAAAUAGCCGACUGGGAGUUUUUGGACCAACUCUCAGAAUCAGCAACGCAGCUUACAGAUUUACGCAUUAAUCGAAAUCCUCUCUUUGAGGAAAUGUCAAUUGAUGAGAUGACUUUCCUAACAAUGGCACGCUUCAAGUGUGGUCCUAAUGGACUUGAAAGUCUCAAUGGGUCGCAGCUCAAAAAAUCAGAGAUUCACGAAGCAGAGUUGUAUUUUAUAUCACAAGUUCGUUCUGGCAGAGCUCAUAUAAACCAGGAUCGUACUCGCUGGCGAGAAAUAUCUACGAAGCACAACAUAGAAGACUUCACUACGAUUACAAAGUCCAACAUUAGCGAACUAGCAAAGAAAAGAAUUCAAAUUCGUAUUCGAAACGGUGAAAAUGUGAAAGUCAAACAAUUCCUCAUUGACAAUACAGUUCUUCGCUUGAAAGGAGUCGUUGCAAGAUUAUUCCAUGUAUCCGUUCCCGAUUUUGAAUUAUACUAUUUUAUAGAUGGUCUUGAAACCCAGGAGAAGCAAUACCUCGAUGAUGAUAUUGCUUUGCUCGACAGAUUCAGUUUUCGGCAAGGUCAAGAGAUAUUUGUUUCGUUCAGCUGA